AUGGAACCUUUUCCCCAAAACCCCCAAACCUCUCCCGUUAAUCAAAGACGCAAGUGGUCAACCAAAGAAGACGUUGUGCUCAUCAGUGCUUGGUUGAACACCAGCAAGGAUGCAAUCGUGGGUACUGACCAGAAGGCUGGAGCUUUUUGGAAGAGAAUUGUGGACUACGUGAACGCCAGCCCUCAGCUUAGUGGCGGCGUCCCUAGAGAGUGGAGUCAGUGUAAGCAGAGGUGGGGAAGAAUCAAUGAGCAGGUGUGCAAGUUUGUGGGCUGCUAUGAAGCAGCAGUGAGGGAGCAAGCGAGUGGCCAAAACGAGAAUGAUGUCAUGAAGGCUGCCCAUGACAUCUUCUUCAAUGACAUUGGCAUCAAGUUCACACUUGAACAUUGUUGGAGGGAACUUCGGUUCGAUCAGAAAUGGAAAUCACUUGGUGUUCCCAAAGAAGGUGCAGAGGUUCGGCCUCCUGGUGUCAAGGCUUGCAAAGCAGCCAAACGCAAGAGGCAAGGUUAUGAUGAGAUACAUGCCAUGCUUGCUGUCAAGAAGGAUAUACAGCAACAGAAACUGCUAGAGCGUCUCCUUGCCAAAGACCCUACCCAUCUAACUGCAAGUGAAAUCACCCUCAUGGAGAAACUCAUUUCUGAAAUGAUUUGCGAUGGGUCACGGGCUGGAGUUGAAGUUGUAUGGCAGGAAGGGAAUGCACAUGUUUAUUAG